UUGCAGUGUUCACUGAGCCUUUUGUUGAAAAGGGUCCUUCUCAUUUGUGUGAGUCAUGCUUUUGCUGUGAGCGAGUUGGCAGCUCUAAGCAGGACUGGGAUCUCUGUCAUAGAAAACUGUUACUUCACCCAACCUUAACGUGGAACCAUAAGAAAUUUCUUAAAUAUAUCUAUUUUUUUGUUCUUCCUUAUACUCCUUGCUUUUUUACCCCCAAAUCUUGUUAUCUGUCCGUGUUGCUAUGAAUCGCCUGCUAUGUUAGCACAGGCAUCUCCUGCGUUGGCAUCAGAUUUGCCAGAACAUAUGCAGGAAACUAGAUAGAAGGGCAUGCUUCAACGUACCAAGUAUAACCGCUUCAGGAAUGAUUCGGUGACAUCAGUUGAUGAUCUUAUUCACAAUUUGUCCAUGAACAGCAAGGUCUCAGCAGUUGCUACGACUUCAACAGCACCUUCAUACCUGGUCUCACCAGAGGUUCUCCGCAAGGACCAAGAAGAUGGACCCACCACCCUGUGUACCCUCAUCCAUAAAGUGUCCCACUUGAAACUCUCUAACACAGGCAGCCUUUUGGGUAUCAAAAACCUGUCCUCUGCAGUAAGGGAGCUUGCUGUCUCCAAGUUGCAGGGAAGCUCGAGUGCUUCUAGUUCAGCAGCAGGAGCUUCAGACAACACAUGUAACCUUGCCUCUGCUACUUCGUGUUCUCAGCAGGACGUGAGCAAGAUGAGUAUGGGGAAAAAAACACCGUCAGAGGAAAUGCACCCGGGAGGUGAAGACUGGAAUCAAAGUAGCAGCUUUGUCAAUAAACCCUCUCGAGGAUGGCUGCACUCGAGUGAGAAGAUCCUGGGACCUGGUGUGACGUACAUUGUGAAGUACUUGGGGUGUAUAGAAGUCUUACGCUCAAUGAGAUCUCUUGACUUCAAUACGAGGACACAGAUUACAAGGGAAGCAAUCAGUCGUGUUUGUGAAGCUGUGCCUGGUGCCAAAGGAGCCUUCAAGAAACGAAAGCCACCAAGCAAAGUCCUUUCUAGCAUCUUGGGAAAAAGCAAUCUUCAAUUUGCAGGAAUGAGCAUAAUGCUGAAUAUCUCCACCACCAGCUUAAACCUAAUGACUCCUGAUACAAAACAGAUCAUAGCAAAUCACCAUAUGCAAUCUAUCUCCUUCGCAUCUGGAGGUGAUCCGGAUACAACUGACUAUGUUGCAUAUGUAGCUAAGGAUCCUGUUAAUCGGAGAGCUUGUCAUAUACUGGAAUGCUGUGAUGGCCUUGCCCAGGAUGUCAUCAGCACCAUAGGGCAGGCAUUUGAGCUUCGAUUUAAGCAAUACUUAAGGUGCCCCUCUAAGAUACCUACUUUCCACGAUAGGGUGCAAAGUUUUGAUGAGUCAUGGAUGGAGGAAGAGAGUGAGGCAGCAGAACAUCCCUAUUACAACAACAUCCCAAAUAAAAUGCCCCCUCCUGGUGGCUUCAUUGAUGCCAGACUCAAAGCAAGGAUUCCCACUGCUGCAGACACGGUUCAGUCUGCAGCAGGAGUGGGAAGAGAGCGAAUCUAUUACCAAAGUCGUCACUUAGGAGACAAAUUCAAUGAAGACUGGCAUCAUGAGCCUGUUAAGCAAGGAUCUCUGGAUAUUUAUAGUGUGCCGGAAGGGAGAUCACAAGUAACUCCAACAGCAGAGAUGCCAACUUAUGUGAACACUCAGCAUAUAAAUAUGGAAGCUCUAUUGGCACUUGAGGCAGAUGCUGAAAGUACCUUCACUGGAAACACAGAUAAUACCAAAGACAGUAGCCCAGGAAAGGAUCUGUUUGACAUGAAACCAUUUGAAGAUGCCCUCAAGAACCAAAAUCCUGAGCCUGUGUUGAAUAAAUCCACUUCCAUUGAAUGUACUAGUCCUCUUUUAUCCAGAGCUGCUGACUGGAGUACAACAGAAGAGCUAAGUACAGAGCCUUGGUAUCAAGGAGAGAUGAGCAGGAAAGAAGCAGAACAGCUGUUAAAGAAAUGUGGAGAUUUCCUCGUGAGAAAAAGUACCACAAAUCCAGGUUCCUAUGUGCUGACAGGCAUGCAAAAUGGACAAGCCAAGCAUCUUCUUUUGGUGGAUCCAGAAGGGACCGUUCGUACAAAAGACCGUGUCUUUGACAGCAUAAGUCAUCUCAUCAAUCAUCACCUUGAGAAUAAUUUGCCAAUAGUUUCUUCUGGGAGUGAACUCUGCUUGCAGCAGCCUGCUGAGAGGAAACACUGACUCCAGAUAACUCUUAGUUUUUGUAACUUGCAAGUUAUAACUGGUGGAAAUUGGAGAUCUGAAAACAUGUACAUUAAAAAAAAAAAAAAAAAGAGAGAGAGAGAAAGAACACACACACACACACACAAACAACAAUGGCAACAAAAAACACCCACCAUAUUCCCAUAUAUUUCACCAGUAUAUUUUCUUUAGGUUUAAGGAGCCCUAUUUCACACAGUUUACUUGAAAAUUCUCAAUGCUUUAUGUGGACUUGAAGUCACAACAGAAGUUUUUCUUAAAAAGUAAUUUCAAUAAAAAUGUUCAAAUCCUCAAUUGUGAAUGUUGAUAGUGUAUAUAUAUACACACAUAUAUAAAUACAGUAUAUAUUUAUAUUUUUCAAGUCAGCCUGUUGAUGGUAUAGAACUAAUCUUCUGUGCCAUGUGUUUUUAACAGAAGAAAAAUGCCAAUUGUGAUUGUUCAGAUAAAAAUAGAAUACAGCAGUCUCAAUUUCUUGAGAAAACAAAUAUUAGGCAUCUUAUUUAUGAUUUUAUGUAAGAAGCACAAUUAUGGGGAUUACAGUUGGAACAUGUUGGUUAAGUACCAUGGAAGGAAACUGAAUUCAGCAACAUGUAUUCCAACUCAGAAAUUUAGCAUAAAAGGAGUUUUUUAAAGUGUUAUUCAAUGUCACAGAUAUCAAAAGCAUUUUCUUUCUGAUGUCAAGUCUGAAUUCCUAUAUGAUAUUACACAAAGCAUUUGUAUCUUGCUUUAACAAUAAUUUGGUGUGAUCUCUCUGUGUAAAAGGUGUAUGCAUUUGAUUUUUCUAAUGAUAAUACAACAAUAUUCUGCAACUUUAAUUUGUUAAUUUGAAUGGUGAGGUUAUUUAUAAAUAGUUCUCUGGUUGUGGUGAAGAUCUAGGUGUCCUUGACUAUCAGUUUCCAGUGAGAUGUUAUAUACUGAUUAGGCAAGUUUCAGUAACUUGUAAUUAGUAGGUUUAAUGCAAGACAUAUGUGGCUGGUUAAAGACAUAUCUGAAAAAUCUUUUAGUCUUAUGGAUAGUGAAAAUUAUUAUGACUCGGUGAUUGGUUUUGCAAAUGAUGUCAUUUGCUUUUAUCUAGUUAUUAGGUGCCUCUUCCCAAAGUAUAACUUGACUUUGACCUUCAGCAAGUGAUAGGUAUUGCAAAUAUACCGCUUUUCUCUAAAUAUGAAGUUAAAAAUAUACACUAAAGAUGCAUUUCUGAUAGAUGUGUCCUCUUUUGGUACUGGGAAUUGUUUUAAUGAAGGUCUGUACUGUUCAAAUACAAGCACUAUAUUAAUUUGUUUUCCUGUUUUAUGAGCCUUAGUUCUUAUUUAUGUAAAAUUAUCGAGAUAAAUUCAAUAGAUACAGUUCCUGUAAUGGCAAAGCUUGGGACAGAACUAGGAGUUAGCCUUCAGCAUUCAAAGGUUUUCUCUAGCAGAAGCAUCUCAAAUCAAAUCAUCAGACUUGAUGUAUAGUGGCCAAAAGUUAGCAGGAGAAGUCUAGGUUAAACAUCUGCCUGUCCUCAAGUAGUCAGUUAGAUUUGUUUUCAAGAUUUUUUUUUAAGUUUAAGAAUUUUUUAAAUUAAGACCAAACUGAUUGAAGGAUUCACUUAGAAUUCAUUCAGAAAGCAUCACUACAUAAGGAAAAAAAAAGAAAAAAAAAUAAAUAAAUCUUGUACCUAUUUCUUGUACCUCAUAUUUUGAAAUAUGGUCAAGUUGCAACUUCAAAAGACUUGGUUUUUGGUUGUUCUCAAGAAUUAAAAUUAUUAAGGUACCUAAGACUAAUCAUGUGACCCAUGAAAUAAAAAUACAUUUGAUUAUGUAAUCAAAACAUUCUGAAACCAAAUGAAGACAUUCAGUGAACCAAAUGCUUCUGAUUCAUUUUGUUGCAGAUAGUUAUUAUCUGAUGUUUCGAGGUCUGGAUGUGAUCUGAGAGCAAAGGAAAGAAAGUAAAUGCUGCCUUGCAAAUUAGCAUGACACUUAAAGUCUUAAAAUAUUUAUUUCUUAAAAUCUGGGUUUUCCUUUUACCAAGUUGGAAUUUGCAAGGAAAGUAAAGAGAUCUUAUACUCCAAAGCAGUGUCAAUCAGACUGAUUUUAUUUAAGAAUAUCUGUUCUUAUCAUAUUGCCCACUGAAGUAUCUGAGUUGCCUCUUUUUUCAUCAUAUGUAACACUUGUCAUUCCGGUCUCCCAUCUUUCUACAGACAUGUCCUGGAAAGUUUUUAGUAUGAUAUUACUAACUGUAACAAGAGGCCUCUUUUAUACUUAAAAUAUGAUUGUGUAUCACUUUUGUAAGGGUCAGGUGCCUAACUUCUUCAGAUGCCUUCAAAAAUCCCACCUGCUGCCUAUCUCUGUUUUGGAUUCCUAAGUAUCCUGCCAGUGCAUGCUGGGAAAAAUAUGGCAAGAUACAGGGGUCUGAAUGAAGGCAUAAAACAUACACUGAAAUAAGCAGAUACUUUGUAUUUUAUUUUAUUUUUAACCAUUACCCCAGCUGUAGCUUUAAUACUUUAGCAGCCAAAUAGCUGCACGAUUUGGAAAUUAAAGCUGAUGGUAAGGAAACUUGAAAAAACUUGCCAGAAAUAUUCAGUUCCCCAAACUACAUUUCGCAAACUCUGCCUUUAAGAAAAUGUGGCUGUUUUAAGCUUCUCUUCUAGCACAUCCCAUUUACCAAGCUUAUCCACUGAUGAUGCAGAGGUUACAGGUAGCUAGAUCAUAUGUACUUUGGUCCUUGGUGGAAGUUUGGGCUUCAACAUUUGGGCUGCAACAAUACCCCUCUGUCAUAAUGGCCUGGGAGAUCCUGUCUGGCCAGACGUGAAGGUCCAGAGCCUUUUCUAAGUCACUGAAACCAAAUGAUCUUAAACCAACGAGGAGGGAAGAGCAAGCAUGGGCAAAUUAAUACUCCUUUGGCAGAUCCUGCCACUGCUUUUUGUAAUUGUCAGUUGCAUAGAUAUAGCUUUCCACCAUAUGACAAUGGUAUAAAAGCUGUAUAUCCAUUUGAUUAGCAGAUCCAAAACUGUUGUCAUUAGAGGGAAAGAGACAUUUUACAUUGAGCUCAGGAAGAGAGAACUGAAGCUGUUAGAAAGUCAUUUCUCCUCAUUUCUGUGGGGAGCCAACACUGCUAGCAAUUUAAGAGACAUAAAGCUAUGGGACCAAUUUGAAUGCUGUGUGAUUGGCAGAAAACUGUGCAGUUGACAGCAUAAUAAAUUUGAGUUUUUUAAUGUUUGCCUUUAGCUUUGAGUCCCCUCACCUUUAGGUUUUCUUCUCUUUUAUGCAGUCUCAAGGGCUAUGCACUUACUGGUUUUAAAAAUAUGGUGAUCAUUCGGUACCAUGAUUCCACGUGCCGGGAUUUAAUGGAAAGAACAAAUUUACUACACUCAAUAAAAAUCACUGAGAUUAUACAAUAUUCAGUUAUCCUUUGAUAUUUUCCCAGGGAAUAGUUGAGAAGUCAGAACUGAAACUAUUACCAGUAAAUCUGAUAUCAGUUUUGAUUCCAGUUGUAUUGCAACUAUAUGAACUAUGGCUAAUGAAAAUUCAUUAGAUUCCUUUAAACAAGACUGUUAGAAGUGAAACAAAUGAUUCUGAUUGAUUUUAUUGAAAUUCUAUAUUAAUUGUUAGGAUAAUAACAAUUUCAUAAUGCUGAAGAUGGAGGUGAUAGACUUGAGAGCUGAGGUAUAGUCAUGUUCCCAAAGUUUCAGUUGUUUCAUAUGCUUCACAGGCAAUGAAACUCCAAAGGUAGAAAAUGCGAGUUGAAAACAGAAUUACCUUCUGGUUUCAAUGGGCAUUUGCACACUGUGAGGACUUCCAGGCUCCCUUCCUGAACAAAAGAGAAGGAUGUUCAGGUCGGCUAUGCCUAGGUGCAGGAGGAGAUCCAUGGCCUCUCUGUCCAGGGCUUUGCACAUGAGGUGAGGGUAGAAGGUUAAACUGAAGCUUCCCUUCACUUCAAAUCCUACAGGAUUCCCAAUGAGAGCUGAUGCUAGUGAUAUUAGAUACCUCUGUUGAACUGUACUUGUUCAACAAAAAGCAAAAGACAAAGGAUAUAGGCCUGGGACUGGGAUUUGAUUGCAAAAUGUGCACUGUCAUGUAAAGAAAAGGUUUAUUAAUGGCUUGGUAAACGUCACCUACCAACAACAAAUUUUUGAUAUCCUGGCAUCCUUCUCCUUCACAUAAUAAACUGUUCAUAUUCCUUACCAUCUUUGUCUCCAGGUAUCAUGUUGUGCAGUUAGGAGGAGGAGAAUUUAUAAAAUUUAUACCGCAGUGCAAUUGUUGCUGACACAUCAAGUCCCAGAUACAGUAUUCAUAAUAGAAUUUAUGCAUAUUUAGAAAUUUGUAAGUAGAAAAUGCUGCAUUUGAAAACUGUAUGAAAUGAUAGAUCCAAAAUUUUUUAUUGUAAACCAUAUUUGCAUUGUCUGUACUGAUGUAAUACAUUAUUUUCUCUUUUUGUCUUCCAGACAUUUUCAAAAUAUGUCUGUAUAAAAUCUAAAUUGUUUUAUGGUAGUUACUGUCACAAAUAUGUUGAUUUGCACAGCCUUUUUUUUCUGAAAAACUAUGAUUGCACUCUCCAUAAACCUAUACUGGCUCAAAGCUGUCAAGAUAUGGAAAAAAUCUUACUCAAAGCUCUGUGCUCAGUCACUUAUUCUACCCAUUGACUCAUUGUCUCACCUUGCUCACAUCAGCGUUGGGUGCAGCUGGAACAUGUGGAGGCCUAUGGAGAAGUAACACAUAAAACUUGCCUGCAGUUAAACAGAGACUUGGAAAAGCCAAAAGGUGAAAAGCUGCCUUGGGAGAGAAAACCCCAGGGUUAGGAAGUGUGAGGCCUGGAAGCAUGAGCCAAUAGGCAUAUGAGCCACUAAUGAGAAUAGAAAGCUGCCACCAAAUUAAAAACAUGCUAAUUGGCUGAUAGGGUUAAGCAGAUCCUUGAGGAAGAGAAUUGCAGAAUACUUGUACAAUGCCUAAGGUUCACCACUUUUUGUUCAUCUGCAUCCUCCAACAUGAGCAUCAUAUAUUGCUUCCACUGAGAACAGGCAGCACUUUUUUUUUUUUUUUUUUUUUUAAAUCUCAGUAAGGGGGAUAGAGCUACAGAGCUACAUAUUUUUAGCAAAAGCAUUUUAUAAAGGAAAUGACAAGUAAAGGGUGUUUAAACCUUGUUUGACACCAAAACAAGCUCUGGAAACCAAAAGAAUAAGGAAACAAAAGCUAGGUGACUCAUUCUGCUACCCCACUUUGAGGGAGCCAGGAAGGAUGACUAAGCUAAUGAAGGUAGCCUCAAAUUUUGAGAUUAAGAUGCACAAUUACAGUUCAUGUAGUUAUCAUGAAGGUCAAAUAACAUAAAAGAUAAAGACAGCUUUCUCUAGCAGGCCUACUUUUUCUUCAGUGAGGCAAAACUACCAAAAACACCCAGGCAAAUAUUCAUUCAGAAAAGGUAAAUUUUUUCAUAAGUGAAAGAUGUAAAGAUUAUAAUUGGUAGGAGAUAUAUAUUUGUGUCCUUUGUGGCUGGACUGGUGUGAUAACUGCUUCUAAGUAAAGUCCUGCAGAGUUAAAUCUCAAAGGAAGCCAGGUUUCUUCUUUUGAGUUAAAUGUUUUUCUUCGCAUUGUGUGGACAGCAACAACAAAAAAUAAAAACAAACAAAAAAGUGGUUAUUUUACUGUAAAAGGGAGUCUGACUGUACAUUUGGUAUUUAUUAAUAUUUAUUACUUUUAGAAAUAUUUUUAAUUGAGAAUUGCAGGAAAAAUAAUGUAUGUGGAAAUAUUGUGAUCAUUUAUAUUCCCCCAAACUUUUGUGAAUCUCAAGUUUUUGCUUGUCUGCUGAUUGUGAUAUUCUGGUUAUAGAGGCAAAUUUUGUCUCUGAGAAAGUCCUUGAGCAACAGAAUUUGGAAUAUGUGUCAUGCAGCUGUUUUCUGAUUAUUCAGUUUGUAUGUGAUUAACCAAAGUAAUAAAAUAAUGAGUACUGGUAUCAACUCUAAA